GCUGUCAUAUAAUAAGCACAUGUGAAGCAGAGCUCUGUGUGGGUGGUUAAGCAUGGCUCAGCUAAGCUGCAGGUGUGAAUAUUUUGUUUUGUAGGUCUUUCAACGUUUAUAAUCCCUUCUCUUUUGUAUUAUCAAUACAGAUACAAGCAUUUGGAAUAGUGUUUCAACGACUGACGACAGUUGAAGAAAAUAUUGAUUCCCAGGAUGAAGGAGGGUUAUGUCCUGGUGAUGACGUCGCUGUGGUUACUGGGCGGCGUGUCCAGCCAGGACUGUCCGUGGGAGGAACAGGGUUUGUUGCCAUGGAGCGAUGCCAUGACCUGGGAGUCUUUUCUCAUACCCAGUGAGGGCAGUGAGAUCUUGAUUUCGACGGGCAAGAGAGUGCUUCUGGACAUCCAACCACCUCGCCUGGCUACUAUCACUAUUCAGAAGGGAGCAGCUCUUAUCUGGGGAAACGUCUCUGGCCUCGUGCUUCGUGUGGAGUACAUCAUGGUAGAAGGAGAAUUCAUUGUAGGGUCUGAAGUUUGUCCGUUUAUCCACAAGGCACACAUAAAGUUGUAUGGUAAAUCAGACAGCCGCUAUUUCAUUGAUGACCCAAACUUUGGACGAAAGUUCAUCGGAGUUCCAGAAGGGGGUACACUAGAACUGCACGGCAAGCCGAAAACAUCUUGGACCCGUCUGUCCCAGACUAUACCAGAACUCGAUAACAUAGAGUGUGGUGUUGUCUAUAAUCACUCCAGCCAAUUGAUCGGGAAAGAGCGGCAGAAGGGACUUCAUGUCAUCAUCUGGAACGAAGAUGGAAGCCCUUUGGACUUCGACGUCUUCGAUCUCAGAACCUUUGAAAAUGUCUCAAAAUUCGUUCAAACCAUUCCUGACGGAAAAAUCAUCGGAAUGUUCCUCUUUGGCAGCGAUGGCAUCGGGAGGCGCGGCGACCCAGCUCAAAACGGAAAACUCGCCUACCUGGACAUGACAAUACAGAAACUUGGUGGUGACGUCAUCACGAAAGUCACGGACACCGACUCGUACUCUUUCAUCGUUCGCAAAGGAGACCCUUCAUCUGCAAGUGAGUCCUACCUGCCAGACGGUCAGAGGUUUCCAGGUGAAGAGCGAUAUCUGCACCUUACCGACUGGAGUAACACCUUGACUUUCAGGUGGCAGCCAGCUCAUCCAUUUCAUUCAAUUAUUUUCGCGUGUUGAACACCGAGGCCGCCUACCCGAUACUGACACUGGCUGACGAAGUGGUGGGGUGGGAGCCGGGUGACAAGAUCGUUGUUGCCUCCACGGACAGCGACUGGCGACAUGCAGAGCUUCGAACCUUAAUCCCGUGUGUCACGUGCACGUCACGACAAGUACGCGUGAACGAAACGUUCAAAUACUUGCACUACGGCAACAUCACGUACAACGUG